GACCUACUGCUACCAUGUGAUCUGCAAAACAGUAAUGACCUCUCUUGCUAGCUUGCGGUAGCUAACCAGGGAAACUUAAUGCUAACAUUUCCCACUUGUAGGCAACGUUUCUCACAAUGGACCAGACUAAACAAGAGGAGGAAUAUGGAUACGACUUAUUCCCGGAGAGGCACACGGGGAAGUACAAGAAGGGAUCCAUCGCUGAGAGUCUGUUCACUUUCAACCACAAGUGUCAGGUCAUGUUACAGUUUGCAAUGGAAACUAGUCCGUAUGCCAAACUCCUCCUCAGUGCCAUGAAAAGUUCAGGGUGCAAAGUAUUCAAAGAUCGACAUUUCUCCUGUGAAGAUUGUGAUGGGACCGUCAGCGGUGGCUUCGAUGCAGCUUCUUCUCAAAUUGUUUUGUGUCAGAACAACAUCCACCAGCAGUCCCACAUGAACCGAGUGGUCACACAUGAGCUCAUCCACGCCUUUGAUCACUGCCGGGCCCAUGUGGACUGGUUCAGUAACCUAAGACACCUAGCUUGUUCUGAGAUUCGGGCAGCUAACCUCAGUGGAGACUGCUCCUUUAGCAAUGAAAUGGCCAGAUUCAACUUCGGCUUGAAGCAGCAUCAUCAGCAAUGCGUCAGAGGCCGCGCCCUCCGCUCCAUCCUGGCUGUGAGGAAAAUUAACCGAGAGGAGGCAGAGAAAAUAGUGGACGAGGUCUUCGAGACGUGUUUCAACGACCACGUGCCCUUCGGACGAAUCCCGCACAGCAAAAAGGAUGCCAAGUUUGCCUACAGAGAUUAUGAGAACAGAGAUCGAUACUAUGCAAACCUCUAGUGUUGUCACAUUCUCAUUUUACUCCUAAGGGUGCUGUGACUGGCGGUGAUGCUGACACGAGCUUUGCAGCAUCAGGGCCUUGGCCAGCAUAAAAGCCUCAACAGAAUGACUGUGUGUUGAAAACAAUCAUAUGCUUUCAGAAGGGAUAUUCAGAGAAUGAUUCGUCCUUGGAAUAUUAAAGCAAAGGAAGGAGCUACAGUACAUUUCCUUUUCUACCUUUCGGACACUAAUUCUGUAAAAAGGGAUCGUAAGGACUGAUUUUGCUCUGUGUUUGAAGUAUUAGCUGAGGCACCAGUGAUUUUUGUCAUUUUGUUUUUAGGUGAUCGAUGGGUGCUUUUAAGGAAAUACAUAAUUUCCUUUCUGUCCAUUAGUGUUUGCUGUGAAAGUCCUUUGAUGACAACCAAGGAUGUAUUUCUCUGACUGUUGGUUCUUCAUCUUGUUGCCACUAAUUUCUUGUAAAUAGAGCUGAUGCUUAAAUUAAACAGAAUCAAAUGUAUUUGAAUUAAAGUUCGAUUCCUCUGAAAAAGUAAGAUUUUUAUGUUUGUGU